GCCGGCUUAUGUAUGACAGUCAAAUAUUAUUCGACACUUAUACAACGAACGUAAUCGGGGCCGACCGGCUUUUAUAUCAUUCGUGACAAGCAAAUAGGAAAGUAUCGCAAAUGAAACGAAAUUCGCAAUUUACGUGGAGCCUUUUUUUCUUUCGCCAGACAGGAUGUCUAGUUUCUUACAAAUUCGAAGAAAACGUUCGAAAAAACUUUCAUUUAAAUUUUUCAAUCGUCGGAGCUACACUAGUUUUAGUUAAGCCAUGGAAGUCCAUCGCCAAAAAUUUAAACAAUUUGCCCAGCGUUACAAAGGCACUGGUAAAAGACCAACGAGUGGCACAAUAACAAGAGAGUUCGGGAAGAAAAUUUCCCAGAACUUAAAAAGCAAUGAGUCGGACAGUAAAAAGGGUACAGAAGCACGUCGCUUCAGAUUAUUGACCCAGAAGUUUAAACUGAUGAACUGCGAAGAGCUGGGAAUGGUGGAUAUUUUGAUUGUGCCUUCACAAGAAGCUAAAAACCAUACAAGUAAUCAAUCGAUACCUGAAGGUUACUUAAGAGUGGCAUACGUAGAUGAAUUCUUUGACAUCAUACGCUCAAUUCACUGUAAUGAAUUAAAACACGCUGGUGUGAAAAAGACAUUCAAAAAGGUAUUAGUGUUUUCUUAUCAGAAUUAA